AUGGAGUCAAUGGAUGAAGCUGAAGGACAGCAAGGACAGCUGAACAGGAAGGAGCAGUCCCUGAAAGCCUCCCAGAAAACGGCACCGCUUGGUUGGGCUGCCCGGUGGAAUGGAUUGAUGCCUGGAGACAGCAUGUGCCUGUUUGUCCUUUCACAGAUACUGCUUCUCGGCGUGAUGCUGUGGUACAGCACCUACGGGACCAUCCCAGCAGCUCAGGGUGCCUUUGACCUGCUCUCUUACUUGCUUACCCCAUUUAAGCAGUUUUUGUCAGUUCAAGGGGAGGGCCUGACGAGGCUGGGGAGCGUUGUGGUGUCAUACCUCCUGCUGUCUUUAGCUUCUCUAGGACUGUUAUUUGUGGGAUCUCUGUUUUGGCAUCUGCUCAGAGCCCGUGCAGAACCCCCCUUUCCGCUGCAAGAGGACCGACGGCAGUCCGUGAGCCGGCAGCCUUCCUUCACCUACUCAGAGUGGACAGAGGAUAAAAAUGAGGAGGACUUCCUAGAUUUGGAUCCUGUACCAGAGACUCCAGUCUUUGACUGCGUAAUGGACAUUAAAGCCGAGACAGACCCAGCUACUCUAACAGUUAAAUCCGUGGGCUUGCAAGAAAGGAGAGGUUCAAAUGUUUCACUCACACUGGAUAUGUGUACCCCAGGCUGUUCUGAGCAAGGUUUUGGCUACAUCAUGUCACCACGGGAACAGUCAGCCCAAGAAUACCUCCAGACAGCAUCAAAUGUCCUUACUGAAGAGGAACUGCACAAGAAAGCACUGGAUCCUUUCAUACUCCAGGCCGAGUUCUUUGAGAUUCCAAUGAACUUUGUUGAUCCAAAGGAAUAUGAUAUUCCAGGCUUAGUACGUAAGAAUCGCUACAAAACAAUUCUCCCAAAUCCUCACAGCAGAGUGUGCCUUACCUCAGCUGAUCAGGACGACCCCCUCAGCUCUUACAUCAACGCCAACUACAUCAGGGGCUAUGGAGGAGAGGAAAAGGUUUAUAUUGCUACUCAGGGACCGAUAGUUAAUACUGUCAGUGAUUUCUGGAGAAUGGUGUGGCAGGAGCGUUCCCCCAUCAUUGUCAUGAUCACCAAUAUAGAAGAGAUGAAUGAGAAAUGCACAGAAUACUGGCCAGAGGAGCAGGUCACCUACGAAGGCAUAGAAAUCACAGUGAAGAGAGUCAUUCAAGCAGACGAUUACCGUUUAAGGCUCAUCACCCUAAAGAAAGGAGAAGAAGUCAGAAACCUGAAACAUUACUGGUACACGUCUUGGCCAGACCAGAAGACACCAGAUCAAGCCCCACCUCUGUUACAGCUGGUGCUGGAAGUGGAAGAAGCCAUGCAGAGUGCAGAAGAGAAGAAUGCCCCAGUGAUUGUUCACUGCAGUGCAGGCAUCGGGAGGACUGGCUGCUUCAUCGCCACCAGCGUCUGCUGCAAACAGCUGAAGAGCGAGGGCAUAGUGGACAUCCUGCGGACAGCCUGCCAGCUGCGCUUGGACAGGGGAGGAAUGAUCCAGACUUGUGAGCAGUAUCAAUUUGUCCAUCAUGUCAUGAGCUUGUACGGAAAACAGCUUUCUAGAGCAGCAGAAGAAUAAGUGUUCAUGGUAUUCCUAAAGGCUAAAACCAAGAGAACUUUUGACUGAUAUAUUUCAGAUCUGACAAGAGACACACGGUAACCUGGCUGUUGUAGCUCGAAAGGAGGAUACAUUACUUUACUUUGAUAUUGCUUUUAUGCUCUUGUUUGCAUUGACAUUUAAGAGCUGAGGUACGCCUUGUCUUAAACAUAUGUGACAGGACAUAAUCUUCACCAAAAAAGGCUUAUUUAUACUGUAAAUAAGAAUAGCAGCUUCAUUUGUUACAAAA